CUCUAUCUCUCUCUCUCUCUCUCUCUCUCUAAAGCUCUCUCUCUCACUACGAGAGACGACCCAAGACCCUGCUCUCAUUUUGCAGUCCCCUCGCUCUGCCUUAAGCCCAGACUUUGCAGAACCAAAAACCUUCCGAAACGCCGCGUUUCAGCUGAGAUCGGCGAAGACGAGCUAUGGAGAAAGACAAAGUCGCUCUGGUGCAGAGCCUGAUCGACCUAGUCAACGAAAUAGCUUCGAUCUCCGACUACAGGUGCACGGUCAAGAAGCAGUACUGUAAUUUGGCGAGGAGGUUGAAGCUGCUGACGCCAAUGUUCGAGGAGAUUAGGGAUAGCAAGGAGGCGGUUCCUGGGGAGACUGUGAAGGCCUUGCUUUCCUUCAUGGAGGCUCUGGAAUCGGCUAAGGACUUGCUCAGAAUCGGAAGCGAAAGCAGCAAGAUUUACCUGGUCCUGGAAAGGGAGCAAAUUAUGAAGAAGUUCCAUGAGGUGACAUCUCAGUUGGAACAAGCUUUAAGUGGAAUUGCCUAUGAAAAUCUUGACAUAUCAGAUGAAGUUAAGGAACAGGUUGAACUAGUUCUUGCUCAGUUCAGAAGAGCAAAUGGAAGGUUUGAUUCACCAGAUGUUGAGCUCUAUGAGGAUCUCUUAUCCCUUUACAGUAGAAAUGAUGCAACAACAGAUCCAGCUGUCCUAAAAAGAUUGGUUGAAAAGUUAGAAUUGACAGGGAUAGCUGAACUUACACAAGAGUCACUAGCCUUGCAUGAGAUGGUUACUUCCAGUGGUGGGGAUCCUGGAGAGAGCAUCGAGAAGAUGUCAAUGCUACUGAAAAAAAUUAAGGAUUUUGUACAAACAGAAAACCCCAACUUGGAAGCUCCUCCUGCAACAGAAAAGAAUAUAUUAGCAAGUUGCAGUGGACAAGCAUCUACUGACAAAAAUCACAAGGUUCCCCCAGUUAUUCCAGAUGAUUUUCGCUGUCCAAUAUCAUUGGAGUUAAUGAAGGACCCCGUCAUUGUUUCAACCGGGCAGACCUAUGAACGUUCCUGUAUUGAAAAGUGGCUUGAAGCAGGGCAUGGGACAUGUCCGAAAACGCAACAGAACCUCUCUAAUACCACCCUCACACCGAACUAUGCUUUACGUAGCCUCAUAGCCCAGUGGUGUGAGGCAAAUGGCAUUGAACCACCAAAAAGACCCAAUGCUCGACUUAAUAAAACUGCAUCUGCCUGCUCGCCUGCAGAACGUACGAAGAUCGAAAUUCUCCUCCGCAAGCUGAUGUCAGCAAACCCCGAAGACCAAAGGUCUGCUGCGGGUGAAAUCCGGCUUCUUGCCAAGCGUAAUGCUGAUAAUCGUGUGGCUAUUGCGGAAGCUGGUGCAAUCCCCCUGCUUGUUGGCCUUCUUUCAACCCCCGACUCCCGCACCCAGGAGCAUGCUGUGACAGCACUUCUCAACCUUUCCAUAUGCGAGGAUAACAAAGGAAGCAUCAUAUCCUGUGGAGCAGUUCCUGGUAUUGUUCAUGUUCUCAAGAAUGGAGGCAUGGAAGCUCGGGAAAAUGCGGCUGCUACACUUUUCAGCCUUUCUGUUGUUGAUGAAAAUAAAGUUAGAAUUGGUGCUUCGGGAGCCAUUCCACCACUUGUAACAUUGCUAAGUGAAGGUACUCAAAGAGGGAAGAAAGAUGCCGCUACAGCACUUUUUAACUUGUGCAUUUAUCAAGGGAACAAGGGGAAGGCGGUAAGGGCUGGUGUUGUUUCGACACUAAUGCAGCUACUGACAGAGCCUGGAGGUGGAAUGGUGGAUGAGGCACUAGCCAUUCUAGCAAUACUGGCCAGUCAUCCUGAAGGGAAAUCAGCCAUUGGAGCUGCCGAGGCAGUGCCAGUUUUGGUUGAAGUUAUUGGUACUGGAUCUCCCCGAAACAGAGAAAAUGCAGCUGCAGUUUUGGUGCAUCUUUGUUCCGGAGACCAACAACAUAUAGUAGAGGCUCAGGAACUUGGGGUGAUGGGUUCAUUAAUGGAGUUGGCACAAAAUGGCACAGAUAGAGGCAAGAGAAAGGCUGCCCAGUUGCUUGAGCGAAUAAAUCGGUUUGUUGAGCAGCAGACACAGCAGGCUCAGGCACAAGCCGAGGCUCAAUCUGAGACCGAGACCCAGCAGUCACAGCCACCCUCCACAACAAAUGCUGUUGACAGCUGAUAGUUUAUUUUUAUUUUUAUUUAUUCUCUUUUUAUUUGCUUGGUCUCUUUUGUUCUUUUCAAGUCAAAAGAAGCGGCUUUGCUUUGGCAGGGGGAGGUGGAAGAUCACCUUUCAAGUCUGUAAGUUAUUCAUUUUAUUUGUGUGGGAUGAGACUAUACUUUCAGGGGUUCUUUAUAAAGAGCAUCAAUGGGUAGGGGGGUUAAAAAGAAAAAACAAAAGGAAAGAAGGGCUGAGAUAUAUAUCUGACAUUUAUGUGAAAAUUGUACCAUUGUAACAUUUACGACUGUAAUCAUCCUCAGUUUUUAGUGAAGAGAUGUUGCCUGUAUUGAAUCCAAAACAUUUUGGUCUGAGAGAUCAAAGUUACAUAUAUUGAAAUUCAAAGCUUCAAACA